AUGCCUCCUAGAGCUAGCACGUCCCGCUCACCGCCUACGAACGACAUCCACGUCGCGGCGUCUCCGCCCGCCGCGAGUUCAUCAACAGCUCCUACAACCUCAGCGAGUGGCACGGGAGACGGGCUGGAGGGUAAGACGAGCGCUGCUGGACCGGACAGGAAGGGCAAGAAGAAGUCACAGCGCCCCAGCUGGUCGUGCACCGAAUGUACCAGACGGAAGAUCCGCUGUGACCGUGUCGUGCCCGGCUGUGGACAGUGCAUCAAGCGCGGCAAAGUCCACCUGUGCCGGUUAGAGGACGACAAUGUCGGACUUGUUCCUCCUGGAGGCUCGACACCCGUCUCUGCCCUCUCAACCGCUUCUGGCCCGCCGCGGUUAGCAACCUCGAACGAAUACGAGGCCAUCUCCCGCUCGGUCAACGUUGUUCGCCAACGUCUCCACCAUCUCGAGCGAGUCUUGCGCGCUUUCGUUCCUCAACCUGAUGCUGUCGACGACACUGGCAACCCCAUGUGGGGUGUCGACCUCAACCGCCUGCGACAUGACGUCCCUUCCGCUGCUCUCCCGACGCCGUCCACUUCCGCCCUCAACACUCCUCUUGCCGGCGACUUUCUUUCCCUCCACCCUAUCUCGCCUCACCAGCAGCAGGCAGCGCCGCGAGACAACGAAGUUGAAGCGGCCGUCACGCUCGAAUUCCUCGCUCUCGGCCAUGACAGCAAGGAGAGUCACUUCUCCCGCGCCGAGCUCCGGCGACCGUCGAACGACGCAGACGAGCGUUUGCCUAUCGCGCUGGAGCGCUCGUCUACGACAGCUGCGCCCCACGCUGCAACUGGACCCGCUGCGGACGGUGUCGGUUCUUCUACAGGAACUCAUCUGUCAGCGGUGGAUGCGGUCCUCCCAGACGAAGCGACCGGUCACGCCUACGUCGAGUUCUCGCUUGAACACGUCUUGUGGCAGCACGGCGGCACCCACACGGGCCAAUUCCGACAAGAAGCGGCGCAGUUCCAUUCCUGGGGUCCCGAGCGAGCGACCAAGGUCAACCAAGCCUGGCUUGCGCUCUACUUCGCCGUACUUUGCGUCGCCGUCAAGCACAUGACGCCCGAGGACAUCGACAAGUACGGCAUCGCGACUCAGGAGCAGCGCCCGCUCGCCAAGCGCUUCUUCGACGCCGCAGUUGACGCGCUCUACCGCUCGAACUUCAUGGCCAAGCACUCGAUCUACGCCGUCCAGGCAAUCAACCUCUUCGCCGUCUCGUGCCAAGACGUCGGCGAAUCGGACCUCAUUGCGACGCUUCUCGCAGCCGGCUUGCGGAUCGCCCAGGCGCUCAACCUUCAUCGCUUCCGGAGCGAUGCCGAGUGGGAUGCGAAGCGGCGGAAGAACGGCGUCGACCCGACGAGCGAGCAGGGUAUCAAGGGCUUGAUUGAGCGCGAGAUCCGUAAACGGGUCUGGUACGGCCUCGUCACCGAAGACUGGAUAUCUCAUCACGGCCGACGGGCCUAUUUCAUCUCGCCAACACACUUCUCCACGCCUCUCCCGCUCAACUGCACCGACGAAGACCUCGCCGCUGGUCGCAUGGUCAACCGCCCGCAGGACGAACCCACCGAGGCGUCCAAGACGAUCCUGCUCUAUAAGGUCGCCGACUGCAUGCGGCGCUUCUUCGAGCACAUCCACACGCACUCGGCCCUCUCGUAUCCGAACUGCCUCGAGGCGGAUCGCGCGCUGCGAAGCAUCAUCCUCGACGGCCCGGCGUUCCUCAAGGCCGAGAUGAGCGGCGCCGAGGGCUACCCGUCUUGGACUGCGAAAUUCCGACACUACUGGAUCAUUUCGAUCUCGCACAAGCUCCUCGUCGUCCAUCGAACCUUCCUCACCGUCCCCGACGAGCGCUUUGCCUACUCUCGCCGCGUUGCGACCGAAGCAGCGCGGAGCAUCAUCCAGCAACUCGCUCGCAGUCCGCCGAACUCGAUCUCAGCGUACUGGACCUUGCCGUACCACACCAUCUCGGCUGCGACAACCCUCAUGCUCGACAUUUUCCAGUCGCCCGAGGACCCGAGCGUCCCCGUCAAGCGCGUCGAGGUGCAGCAUGCGCUCUACGAGCUGCAGCAGCUUGCGCCAAGCAGUCACAUCGCCGCUCGAGGCGUUUCACUCUUGUCGACUCUGCUGGCGGAGGAAACCAAGCAUCGCGCGAUGGACGAACAAGGCGGCAUGUCGCUGGCGCCCGACUCGUUCGCCGCUUCGCCGGGCGAAUCAGCCCGCCUCGACACGGUCGCCAAGCGCAUCGCUUCAUCGAGCUCGGCAGCUAUCUCUGUCCCGCCUCUCCCGGUCGUCACGCCCAGCGUUGCCACGAGCAAAACUCCCUUCUUCGCGUCGAAUGCCUCCUCGUCCACCUCGCUGCGCCUACCGCCGGUCCCCGAGCAGACCAACGAGUCUGAGCCGACCUUUGUCCUGCCCGACCCGUCCGCCCACGUCCUCCCUUCCGCGCCCCUCUCGCAACAAGCACUCGAAGCACUCUUUGCUGGCCUCGGCGGCUCGUACUCGACGUCCGAGCCGGACGGCAGCGGCUUCGGGAUGUCAGAAUCGCUCGUCGCGCAGGACCCGAUGGCGCGCGACGCGCUCCAGUCGAGCGUGCCUGGUGCCAGCGAGUCGGGGCUGUUCGACUUGACGGGCAUGGGACUCGGCGACGACCCGGCUAUCGAUUUUUGGCGGUUGUUGCAUCCGGAGGGAACGGGCGAAGACGACGGAAUGCUCGGGCUGGAGAUGGCGGGUGUGGGGCAUGGUAUGGAGCAGUCGGCGUGGACUGCGUAG